AUGAUCAGCUUAUAUUCCCUUAAGUAGUUAAAUAUCCCUGGUGUGUGGGAAUUGUUGUGGUUUUGACAUAAUAAUUGUUACUCCAAUGACAGGUUUCAAUGUUUCAACGUCAACGUAGAUUUCAAACACAACUAACGUUAAACCGUUGUACGUAAGCUAACGUCAACGUAAAAGGGGAAGUUGGCUUCACUUGCAGUCUUCAAGCACAUUGCAAUUCAUCAUCUGUUCUGUGUUUGACGUUGACGUAAAUGCCGUUAAAGGCGUCUAUAUUAACUGAAAUGAAUCUACUCCUCUGACUUCACGAUGGCUGCAGCACGUAAUGACGUCACACGCUCGUUAGUUAACGUAAACGUUAGCUACACAGUUGACGUUAGGUAACGUAAACAUUACACAGUUAACAAUAGGUUAGCUCAAGCUACAACAGCCCUACAGUUCAAACUGUUUAAAAAGUAAGUGAUGGAGUUUCCAGAAGAUUUCAACCAGCUUGAGCUUCUAAAUUCACAUGGACACCUAAUCCCCAGAGGGGCUAGCAGCCUGUGGACUGGAAGCAAGGAUGAGGAGGAAGAGGUGGAAGAAGAGGAGGGGGACCACAGCGAGGAGUGGUAUGGUGAAAAAGAAGAAACUCUCAAAGACAACCCAAAGGUGCUCAUUCUGUGGGCGGCAGAAAACCAACGCCUUGCAACAGUCCACAGGUUAUUAACUGCUGAUCCCUUGCUGGUGCACUGCUGUGAUGAGGACGGAUACACUCCACUACAUCGUGCAGCAUACAGCGGCCAUGUCGAUGUGGUUUCAGCGUUAAUCGCCGCUGGGUCAAAGGUUAACCCUCGCACCAUCGAUGGCUGGACGCCACUUCACAGCGCCUGCCGCUGGAGCCGUGUCACUGUGGCAAGUUUUCUUCUGCAACAUGGAGCCGAACUGAACGCCCAGACCAACGGUGGACUCACACCACUACACCUGGCCGCCUCCCACACCACCCCCUUCAGAACAGACUCUCCUCACACGUUGGAGCUCCUCCUCUCUCAACGCCACCUGAAGCCAGGGCUCCGCAGCAGCAGCGGGGAGACGGCCGGUGAGGUUGCCCGGCGUACUGGCCCACAUCACGUCCUGUUUGAGAUGGUAGAAGACUGUGUCAAUGUGGUACCAUCUCGUGAAUGAAAAAGAGAUGGUUUUUUUUACCUUCUUGUAAGUACAAUGGACAGCAGUUACAUGAAAGUAUUUUUUGCAUAUUUUAUAGAGAAGAUUUAGAGAAGAUUUAGAGUUUAGCAUCAUAUCAUAUUGCCAUUCAUUACUUGAACUUGUGUAAAUAUGUGAAACUAACGCUGACUGCAGGUUUUCAGCACUGAAUUUUAAUGAAGUAGCUUUAUCAAUGCAUAAAAAGCUAUAGGGGGUAAGUAUUAAACUGAAAACAGUGAGAAAUUAAAGUCAUAGACCAUACUGA